UAAGAAAUGAAGUCUCCUCAUCUCAUUACACUCCUUCCAUUAGUUCUAGCAAACAUUUUACUCAUCGCUACUUCAUCAUCUUCUUCUUCACCCAAUCAAAACUACGACGAUUUCCUCGAAUGCCUAACCGAUCAAUUCCAACGCUCAAACUCCGCCACCGACAUAAUCUACACCCCUCAAAACGCCACAUACGCUUCCCUCUUACUAGCGCAAAAUCUCCGCCCCGCCGCCACCGCGCCGGAGAGGCCGGAGCUCAUCAUCACGCCGCGCCAAGAAUCCGAAAUCCAAGCAGCAAUCCACUGCUCCAAGAAGCUCAACCUUCCCAUUAGAGCCAAAAGCGGCGGCCAUGACUUCGAAGGCCUCUCCUACACUUCCCAAACCCCCUUCGUCGUCGUCGACAUGCGCAACUUCCGGUCAGUCACCAUCUCCGGCGACGGCAAAACCGCGUGGGUACAAACCGGCGCCACCAUCGGCCAGCUCUACCACACGCUCGCCCUCCGAAGCCGGACUCUCGCCUUUCCGGCGGGGGUCUGCCCCACCGUCGGCAUCGGCGGCCACUUCAGUGGCGGCGGGUUCGGCAUGAUGUCCCGGAAAUUUGCCCUCGCCGCGGACCACAUUGUCGACGCAAGAAUAGUCAACGCGGACGGCAAGAUCGUUGACCGGUCAAACAUGGGUGAGGAUCUGUUCUGGGCUAUCAGAGGCGGCGGAGGUACCAGCUUCGGGAUUGUUCUGGAAUUUAAGGUGACGUUGGUAACCGUCCCAGAGAUUGUGACGGUUUUCAACGUCACCAGACGCUUGGAGGAUAAUGCGACGGAGCUAGUCCAUCGCUGGCAGUUCGUCGCUGACAAAAUCGACGACGAACUGCUAAUCAGGAUUUUCCUGCAUCCCGACAUCUCCCCGACGACCGGAAAUAGAACGGUCGCCGCUUCCUUCACCGCCUUGUUUCUAGGCCGGGCUCGGGAUCUUCUGCAUAUAAUGCAGAGGGAAUUUCCCGAGCUCGGGUUGACCGAACAAGACUGCCUUGAGAUGAGCUGGAUUGACUCGGAGCUCUUUUUCUCAGAGCUCUGGGAUCAGCCCCUUGAUGUUUUACUAGACAGAGUUCCACGUGGCUCCACGUAUUUCAAAGGGAAGUCGGAUUACGUCAGCACUCCGUUCCCGUUAGAAGCGCUGAGAGGGAUAUGGAGAUUCAUUAUCGAAGAAGAUGGUUCAGAACUCCAGUUUAGCCCCUAUGGCGGGGCAUUCAACGCUUUCUCCGAGGCGGAAACCCCGUUUCCGCAUCGGAGGGGUAACAUUUUUAUGAUUGAAUAUAUUGUGGGAUGGGCCAAUCUUAACCAAUCAGAGGCCCAUCUUGAUUGGUUAAGGAGAUUGUAUGAUUACAUGGAGAGUUAUGUGACAAAGUCUCCUAGGGCUGCCUACGUCAACUACAGAGAUCUUGAUAUUGGGAGGAAUAAUAUCGAGGGUGAGACGAGCUACGAACAAGCUAGUGUUUGGGGGCUUCGAUAUUUCAACAAUAACUUUCGGAGAUUGGUUCGUGUAAAGACCGAAGUUGAUCCGAGCAACUUCUUCAGAAACGAACAAAGUAUUCCACCUAUGUCGUCUUAAAUAAAAACCAAAAGACAUCUCAGUCAAACAUAUACUAUAAUAUAUCGACUGAUAUUCGUAAUUAAUGAAUAAGAAUGCUGCAUGUAUUAUGAUUAUAGGGAUUUAGGAUUUUAUGUGUGUAUUAUGGCAUAGUGAGUUUUAGUUUGGAUUGUAUUUUGUAAUCAUGUUCUUUGUAUUUUAUGUACUAUACGAUGGUUAGUAAUGAAUAAUGCAGCAUCUAUUUUGUGUGUUAA